AUGCGUCUACAGCAAGUCCUCUUCUCCGCGUUCGCCCUGUCCGCCGGACUCGUCCGCUCAGUGUCCGCUUCUGCAAAUGAUGAUGAUGAAUUCCAGCUGCGCCAGUUGACAGACGAAAAUUUCAAAUCGGAAACGUCCAACGGUGUAUGGCUUGUCGAGCACUUUUCCCCAAAGUGUGGUCAUUGUCGAGCGUUCGCUCCGACGUGGACACAGCUAGCUAAGGAUAAUCAGCACCUGGAACGCUUGACAGGUUUUCACAUGACACAGGUGAACUGUCUCGCUCAAGGCGCUUCAGAUCUGUGUAACGCAAAUGGUAUCAAAUUCUACCCCCAAAUCAUACUAUAUGUCGACGGCAAACCCUCCCCCCACUACUCUGGCGACCGUUCUUACGAGGACCUCUCCAAAUACAUUGACGAACACUCUAACAAUUAUUCGGAACAGCUCCUCCUACAAUCUUCGACCGAACAAGGGACGUCGUUGGUGGGAAGAGCUAAUCAGGAGGGUUUGGUAAAGCAUGUAAACCCGGCAGAAUUGGAGGUGCUGAAGAAGGAGGGGGCUGUGUUGACAGAAUACUUUGCGCCUUGGUGUGGACACUGCAAGAAGUUGCGUCCUAUCUAUGAACAGCUCGCAGCCACAAUGAAGGGCAAGGUCAACAUUGCCGCCGUGAAUUGCGACGAUCACCACAGCUUUUGUUCCAGCUCUGGCGUCAAAGGAUAUCCUACCAUCCGCAUGCUUCACCACGGCACUUCGACAGAAUUCACCGGUGCUCGAACCUUGAGCACUCUCCAGAAAUUCGCAGAAAUGGGUCAAGAGGCCGCCAGCAUCCAGAGCAUCAAGGCCGGUGACUUUGACGAUAUUGUAAAGGCCAACGAAGCGUUCUUUUUGUUUUUGCAGUCGUAUGAUACCUCUAGUGAGGAAGUGGAUGCUAUCAAGAAGGCUCUUGAACCCCUUCUUGGAUCUGUCCCCGCAUACACAUCCAAAGACCCAGCAUUGUACAAGCGCUUGCACAUCGCCAACCCACCGCCCACCUCGACACUACUCGCCUUUUCUUCCUUCUCUCCCCGGCCAGUAGGCACCAUUGCCCUUCCUGUUUCACCCUCCGAUCUCAACCGUUUCAUCAACCAGCACAAGUUUCCCACCCUCGUCCAACUAGACUCUUCCAACUUUCAGUCGCUCAUGAGGAGCGAUAGUCGUGCUGUGGUUGUGCUGGGCGCCGUACAUAAAGGGGAGGCCGGAAAGAAAGAGUUGGACGAGUUUGCGGAGGUUGCGAGGGCUUGGAAGAAGGGUGGGAGAAAGUUUCAACAGCCUGUAUGGUUUGUCUGGGUGGACGCCGACAAGUGGUCGAGAUGGUUGAGACAGUUCUACUCAAUCAAAAAGGCAAAUAUCCCUGCCGUUGUGGUUGUGGACACUCCUGCAAGUAAACCUGACCUUCCCCAGAAACGAGCUCUGAUCAGUCAGCAGAAUGAGCAAUACUAUGACACCACCAUCGAAGGCAACAAGAUCACCUUUGAUGGUGCCAGUAUCUUUUCCGUCCUCGAGGGCUUCUACCAACAUUUCUUGCGCCCAAAGAGAAUUGAAUCCACUUUAGAAUGGUCGUCCAGGAGCGCAGCUCAGACUUUGAUUAGCCUCAGUGCCACGAGCGUUGAACAUCCUAUCUAUGCUCUGGCACUCCUUGUGGCAGUUGUGGGUGCAUUUGUGUACUUUUUGCAGAGGUGUAUCGGGAGGGAUCCAAGGGAAAGCAGUCCAAUUAGCGGUACCAGAUUGGACUGA